AUAACACAUAUCGAUAAUAAGAGUGCAAGCAACCCUGCCUCCGGCUGUCAUGUUUCACUUCCGGAGCUUGCGAACAAAAUAGAAUCGCUAAGGCAAAGAAAACCCUGCGAGUGGCGAGUGUUUUAAGAUCACACUCACAAACAACAUCCAAAGUGGUUAGUGGCAGUUGAGAGAGUGCCCCAAGACCCCGAAAACCAGCCGGGCAGACACAAACAACACCAGCACCAGCACCAACAACAACAUCGUCCGCAGCAGCAUCAGGCUCGCUAGCAUUUCCCGCUUUUCGUUUUCGUCGCAGAACAACAAAUAACAAAACCACGACAAACGAUGGCCGAUGCCGCAGAGAGUAAGCCACUGGCCGCCGAACAGCAGCAGCAGCAGCCGCCGCAGCCGGAGCAGCAGAAUCCGCCGAAUCCGCAGGAGCAGGACCACGAGCAGGAGCCGCUGGACGAGCUGCAGGGACAGCAGGGCCAGCCUGCUCCGCCCACCAAGGAAGUCAUCGCCACCAAAGUCACCGGCACCGUCAAGUGGUUCAACGUGAAGAGCGGCUACGGCUUCAUCAACCGCAACGACACCAGAGAGGACGUCUUCGUGCACCAGAGCGCCAUAGCGCGGAACAACCCCAAGAAGGCAGUCCGCUCGGUGGGCGAUGGUGAGGUUGUUGAGUUCGACGUGGUCAUUGGCGAGAAGGGAAACGAGGCGGCCAACGUGACCGGUCCCUCUGGUGAGCCGGUGCGGGGCAGUCAGUUUGCGGCAGACAAGCGCCGUAACUUCCGUCCCUGGAUGAAGAAGAAUCGCCGCAAGGAUGGCGAAGUGGAAGGCGAAGACGUUGAAUCGCCGGUGCAGCAGCAGCAACAGCAGCAGGCGGCUCCAUCCGUUGAUGGGCAGCCCCAGCAGGUGCAAACCGGACCGCGUCAGCCACGACAGAACUUCCGCCGAGGACCACCCGGUGGACCGCCCGGAGGACCUCGAGGUGGCCCCCGAGUACCUCCCGGCGGAGCUCCCGGUGGCCCCCGGCGCUACAACAACUACUAUCCGCGUCAGCCGCGACGCGGUCUGGGCGGCGGUGACGGCAGCGCCGAGCCCGGCGUCCACGAUCAGAACCCGGAGGGUGUGCAGCGAGGCGAGGGUCAGGGACCGCGUCGCGGUGGUGGCCCACCAGGCGGACCCCAGAGGCGCUUCUUCCGCCGCAAUUUCAACAAUGGUCCACCGCCACCACGCCGCGACGGCGGAGAAUACAUUCAAGGCCAGGGACCGCCACGCCCUCAACAGCCACGUCAACGUCGCCAGAGGAAACCAAAUGGCCCUGGCGGUGGUUCGGAGCAGCAGCCACAGCAGAACGGCGCUCAAGAGCUGCAAAAUACAACCACAGAGAGCACUGCAUAGAAAGGAUCGUCGAACCUUCAAAAAACCGUCAACAUCAUCAGCAGUAGCAGCAGCAUAAUACUACCAUCGCAGAAGCAGCAGCUCAUCGUCAACAUCAGCGAUCACUGCAAAAUGGUGCAACAAGAUCAGCAAAUAUUGCAGCAAGUUUGCUAAAUGAGCCGCCGCGUUUUUUCGGUUUGUUUGCUUUUUGUUUUGUUUCGUAGGGCAGCAGAAUGAAUUGUAGAACUUAUAGGAAACUAACAUCGUAAAAAUUUAUAUCAAAUUCAAAAGAAUCCAAUUUCCAUCAAACCUGGCCGUCAAAAGUUUGCAUAAUUGUGGAAUUUUAUUGUAUGAACAACCAUAACAAAGAAACAUUUAAAUUACACAGCAAUUUAGCGCCGGUAUACCUUAACUAUUAUUACAACUUUUAUUUAUUCUGAAAGCAUUGUUACCGUUGUGCGUUAAGCAAACGUUUCUCGUUUUAAGGAACAUUAAAAACCUAUACAACCACA